AGCGAGCGCGGGAUUGCAACAUGAAGGCGUGCGUGCUGGUGUGGUGCGUGCUGGCGGCCGCCCGGGGCGCGCCGGACCCCGGCCUGCUGAAGGUGCCGCGCGUCUACAACGCCCUCAUCACCAGCAGCGAGCCGCUGCUGCCGAGCCGCGCCUACUCCGUGUCCAGCCCGGCGCUGCUGCCCGUGCUGCCGGCGCCCUACGUCGCGCUGCCCCUCGCCGCCCCCGAGCUGCCGCCGCCGCCGGGCAACUCGUCCGAGCCGACGACCACCGCCGCCCCCGAGACCGCCGCCGCGCCAGAGCCGCCGGCCGCCGGAGGACCGCUGUACGGCUCUGGGGCGCCCUUCCCUCUGGCCUUCUACCCGCCCCUGGGCUACUCCCCCUUCAGCUACUACCCCUCGGUCCUCGCCUACUCCUACCCCUACCCCCUGUUCGCGCCGCUGCCCCACGCCGGAGAGACCCCGGCGGCGGCGGCGGCGGCGGCGCCCCAGCUGCCGCCCCCGGGCCCGGUGAAGAACAACAAGCCCGAGGACUCGGCGGUGCCCGACGUGUCCCCGCCGCCUCCGCCGAGUGGGGCGGCGCGCGAGGCGGCCUGAGGCCCCGCCCCCCGGGAGGCGGAUGUGGAUUGUCCUUGAGGGCGGGUUCUCCCCCUCCCUUUCUUCCUCCGAGCGACUGGCGGGACAAACCCCACGUCAUUGCGUGCUCCAGGUCUGUCGGAACGAGAGCGCGAGCUACUCUAGUUUCUGCCGCCACUCGUAUUUACGGUACCUACUUUAAAAACAUUAACAAAUAAUUUAAAAAUAAACGAUGAACGCAGAAGUCUGGGGCAUGUAUCCAGAAAACUUUAAAAAUUCUUUGUCGGACGUAUCGUACACAAAAAAAAAGUAAUAAUAAUAAUUCCCGUUCAAGUCAUUUUUAACUUAUUAAAACGAAACGAUGAAAUAAAUUACAUGAUAUCUGAUUUAAAACUAUCUUUAAUACAUUUCUUAUUCAAGUAAACGUUUUAAAAACCUUUUGGUUUUUAUUCUUAUUAAUGAAAGGUGUUCUCUCGUGAGUACAAACAUCAUUUAGUAGCCAUUUUAAACAACUACUCUGUAAUUUCUGCAGAUUUAAAAUGUCGGCGUUGCGUUCGCUUUGCCUCAGGAGACUCCGAGAUAACUACUCUGUUUGACGCUGCCACAGUCAGAAUUGUUUAGACGGUCCCUGCUUUCAUGGAUACUUUCUUGAUAAUUAUGUACUGAUUGCCGCAAACGGGCCUUGUCUCUUUGUCUCUAAUUACAUGUAUUUAAUAUUUAUUUUCAAACUUGCAUUUUACUGUGUCAAAAUCAGAGCCUAAUUAGUUUCUACCUCAGUCCUCCAGAUACCUCUUUUCUGUGCCAUUUACUGUUCGCUUUUGUAUGUGGUUUGUGCAUUAUCAUGAUAUUUGGACUUUCAGUACGUACCAAUCAGAGACUAUGUAAAGGAAAAAUUACUCGAAAAUUAAUUUAAAAAGGCAAAUAAUCGUCAGUUGAGCCAUCAUAUUUAACACAUACUCUUUUUCUGAGCUUUUCAUACUUUUAAUAACGUUUAUUUUUGUACUUCAAAAGUAUACUUAAAUUAUUUUGAAACAUUUCCAGCAAUCAAAUCCACAACAUGGAUCAGUGGAGGUUAACUAAAGAAAAUCAUUAACCAUUAGCUUUUAUUUAAGACAUAAUUAUAAAACAUUUCCAUUUGAUUUUUAGUAUAUGAACAAAUGUUCUUCUCUGUAUAAACUGUACACUGAAAAACAAAAGGGCAUAUAUUAUAUAUAUUUAACUGUACAGUCAUUGAUCCAAACAUGUGCAUGUACAGUUUGGUGAACACAUUUUAGCACAGAGUUAACUUUUCUGGAACCUUGAAAAUCAUGGAGGUAUUAGACAAACUAUGUUAUGUAAUUUUUGUGGAUUGGUUUUGUACUCCCAGAUUAUCUUUAUUCCAUUUUCAAUCAUCUGUUUUGAUGGUGAUUCUUAACUCAUCAUUUCUACAAAUGAAAGCCUCAGAAUUAAUUUUAAAUUAUCUUAUAAUGAUUUCAGUACAGAAAAUAGCUCUUGCGGCAACACUCGGAAUUAAACAGUCUUAGUUUCAGGCGUCUCUUUCACGUACUUGAAUGCCGUCGUGUGGCAUGUUUCAUUCAAACUGCAGUAAGAAAGUUGGCUAGCAACCCUAAACAUUCAUAAAUGUAGUUUGGUCCUUUCACAAGACAAAAUGACACUUUUUUACUCUAAUCUUUUGCAAUAUUAUUAUAAAUCCAAUUAGUGGAUAGUUCCAGUCUGCUGAAAAAUUAAUCUUAAAAGACACUCGGGUGGCUGCGAAUAAUAAAUUGUUACAGAAAUUAAAAAUCUAGUUGCUUUCUCAACCGAGAUAAAAAAAUAUAUAUAUUUACAGCAUCUAAGGUAUAAUAUUACAUAUUUCACAACUCACACUAUUACCAAAUCAUAGGGACAUCGGGAGCUUUUAAAAAAUUACAAUAACAAUGUUUUUUUUUCGCGAAUUUCAUACAUGAUUAUCGAUAUAUUGAGGCCUUAGAUAUUUCAAUCGAUCCUGUGGUCUAUUAUUUUUUAACUAAGGGUAUUUCAACACAUACUAACCUGAACGCCGUAUAAAUAGACAGUAAACGGGCUGGGGGGAGAGAGAGAUUUUAAUUUACGGCAGAGGGAGUAAAAUAACUAAUCACAGGCGCAGUAACUGCUGGAAAUAUGACAGCUAUUUUAGAGUAAUCAAUAACUUUGAAGUUUAAACUGACAAUAUAUUUCAAAGUCAAUCACAUUAAUUUAAGAUGUCAAUUAGAUUUUUUUUUAACUGAUCAAUUUUUUCCAAAUAUAAUCACACAAUCCGCUCGAACAAGGAAUUAUAUAUCGUAUCAAGAAUAAAACACCUAGCAAUUCACAUACAAGACUUCCUACGGGCUACAAAUAUGUAUAUAAAGUAUGAAUCUGUGUUUUUUGUACCCAAGUGCGUAAAAUAAGUUUGUUUGAAUGUUGUCAUAUAUGUGUAGCUGAGCACAUUCUUCCUUAUUCUAGUAACAUUUAAUUGUUAUUAUUCCUUUUUUUAAUUUUUUAUUUAAGUUUUCACAUAAAUUCAAAGACUGGAAUUUUAUUAGAAUUUAUUUGAACUAUUUUCUAAUUACACUGAAUUAGAUUGUAGUACGUAAAACAAUGUAUAUUUCGUUAUUAAAAUGUUUUGUGACUUUCAAGGAAAUUAUAUUUUAGUUUCGGAAUUUGCUUAUGAAAUAUUUCAUUUUUUUAAUGUAAAAUUGUUUUGUUUUUUCUAUGGCUUCGCCACUUUAAAUGUACUACAUGUAGAAACCUCGUUAUUAAAGGCUUGAUAUAAAAAAAAAA